CACCCUUCAGUAAACCCGUACUUGCUGUCUUCAUCUCUCUCUUUCUAUCCACAAAAUCUCCCUAAUGGCUGACCGUGCCCCUACCCAGAGAGCUACAAGACCCACCACCACUCCCACCACCCACAAUGGCUCUACAUUUCUACGUAAACUCCAAGUCCAUAUCGGAUCAAACUCAAGCCAACUUGUUGGUUUGUUGACUCUUAUCAUCUCCGGCUCCAUUCUCCUUCUCCUUACAGUGAUCACUGUCACAGGAUCAGUACUCGGGUUGACCCUUUUAACUCCUUUGAUCAUCAUUUCAAGCCCCAUAUGGAUCCCUAUAGGCAUAGUCCUCUUCUUUGUUGUUGCUGGGUUCUUAUCUUUUUGCGGGUUCGGAUUGGCCGUCGUGGCUGGAUUGUCAUGGGUGUAUAAGUAUUUUAGAGGGUUGAAUCCACCUGGGUCGGACCAGGUCGAUUAUGCUCGUAACAGAAUCUACGAUACAGCGAGCCAUGUGAAGGACUACGCCAGGGAGUAUGGUGGGUACUUGCAGAGCAAGGUGAAGGAUGCGGCUCCUGGUGCCUGACAAGCUGGUUAAUUAGUGGUGGCCGGCAGGGUUUGGGUUCUGCUGAACUGGAUUUGGGCAAACCGGGCGUCUUUAUCUCUCUCUACUUAAUUAACUUUUUUUUUUUCGUGAUGUUGUCUAUUUGAUUUGGUGGCAUUUACUUUUCUUCGUGUUGAUGGAAUCAUGGAAAGGGUGUCUGUUUGUGUCUAUUUAUAGCUUGGAGUUUGGCAUAUUAUUAUUUGUUUAAUAUUUUUGAACAACUUUAUGAAUUAAUUGUUUAAUGGAAA